UCUCCCUUAUUUAAGAAGGUCGACUCUGCAAGACGAUUUACAUUUCUACAACCUUUGAACGGAAACUGAACCAUUUUCUCAACCCAACAACGAUGCCGUACUACACUAGGAACGACGAAGAUGUCGACGAUUUCGACGAGUUUGAUCCCACGCCAUAUGGCGGUGGAUACGACAUCGUUUCAACAUACGGACGACCCCUUCCACAUUCUGAGGAAAUCUGUUAUUCAAACAGGGUCAUCGCCGACGAAGAUGUCGAUUAUGAACGCCCCACUUACACGUCUUACGCUGAGCCAUCAGCUUACAACGAUGACAUGCUCCAAGAGGAGUACAGCAGCUACGCCCGACCCAAGGCUCGGCCUGGUUUUGUACCCGGUGGUGGUUCUGUAGGUGGAGAUUCAUAUUCCAGACCUCAGGCUGCCCCCGGGUUUCAGCCUGGAACUGGGUAUGGUAGGAAGCCAGAAUCUGAGGAAUAUGGAUCUGGGCAUGGCAGGCCACAGCAGUCUGAAUACGGGUCUGGUGGUUAUGGCAGGCGACCUGAAUCAGAAUAUGGGUCUGGUGGUGGUGGGUAUGAGAAGCCACCCAGUGAGGAAUAUGGAUCUGGGUAUGGACGAAAACAAGAAUCUGAAUAUGGAUCCGGCGGGUAUGAGAAGCCAGCUAGUGAGGAAUAUGGUUCUGGUUAUGGACGAAAACAAGAAUCUGAAUAUGGAUCCGGCGGGUAUGAGAAGCCAGCCAGUGAGGAAUAUGGUUCUGGUUAUGGACGAAAACAAGAAUCUGAAUAUGGAUCCGGCGGGUAUGGCCGAAAACCUGAGUCAGAAUAUGGAUCCGAGUAUGUUGAAAAAACUGAGACUCAGUACGGAUCUGGGUACGGUGAAAGACCAGAGGCUGUGUCUGAAUCCGGUUAUGGAGCUAGGCCCCAGUCCGGGUAUGGAUCUGGGUAUGGCGAGAGGACUGAGUCUGAGUAUGGAGGGGGUGGGUACGAGCGGAAGGCGAGUUAUGGCGAGGAAGGAGGGUAUGGUGGGAGGUCUGAAUAUGAAAAGCCUAGUUAUGGAGAUGCUGAUCCACCUAGGAGGCCUAGCUACCGUCAGCAAGAAGAUGAGUAUGAGAAGCCUGCUUAUGAGAGGAGGGACGAGGAUGAUGAUGGUUCUCGUAGGAAGAAGUAUGGUGGCGGUGAUGAGGAGGAGGAAGGUUCUCGUAGGAAGAAGUAUGGUGGCGAUGAUGAGGAGGAGGAAGGUUCUCGUAGGAAGAAGUAUGGUGGUGGUGAUGAGGAGGAGGAGGAAGGUUCCCGUAAGAAGUAUGGUUACGGUGGUGAAGAAAGCUAUGGCCGUAAAAAAUAUGGAGACGAUGAUGAUGGCUCUGAUGAUGAGAAAAAGAAGCACUACCGCUCCAAGCACCACCACCGCAAGGACUAUGAUGACGAGUAAAGCAGCAAUUUGUGAAUGGGUUCAUGCCAUUAUAGGCUACUAAAUAAAGGGUUGAGGCAUGUUUCCUUGUGAAUUGUGAUAAUGUCUUUGAUAAGUCCCGUCAGUUCAUGUGUUUCCCGUGCUUAUGUUGUGUGUUGAGUUCUAUGUGAAUUCGAAUGUGUUUGUAUGUGUGCUCUGAAUAAAAUUUCCAAACUUAUAAGUUUGAAAUUCUGUGGUUGUUGAUGAAUAAUUAAAAUUUCUGAGGGUUUUUGAAGCUAA